ACUUUUGGAUAGAAAAACGACACCGUUAUAUAGGCGAAGAAGUUGAGCAUCGUCUUUGAAGAGGAAAGGGACUAACCCUGCAACCGCCGCUGUUGGGCGUUGUCCGGCGUUCAUCAACGACCCAACUGACCAACCAACGGUAAGUGCAGUUACAUAGCUCAAAAGCAACUUCAGUGCUACCAAAGUGUCAUCAUGGAAAUAAAGGCAGAUGGAAAGGAAAGCUCCCUCAUUCUGUUGAAACAAGGAGCUGAAGCUAGAGUUUUUGAGUCAAACUUUGUGGGAAGGAGGUGUGUUGUCAAGGAGCGCUUUUCAAAGAAGUACCGGCAUCCAUCUUUGGACUCAAAACUCACUCUCAAGCGUUUGAAUGCGGAGGCCAGAUGCAUGACAAGAGCUAGACGACUAGGAGUAGCAACUCCAGUACUGUACUCUGUGGAUCCUGUGCUGCAGACCCUAACAUUUGAGUACGUGGAGGGUCCAGCUGUCAAAGAUGUAUUUCUUGAUUUUGGGUUGCAUGGUGUUGCUGAAGAACAGAUGGAUGAUAUAGCAAAGCAGAUUGGUGAUGCAAUUGGGAAGUUGCAUGAUGGUAACCUUAUUCAUGGUGAUUUGACCACAUCAAACAUGUUAAUACAGAGUGGUACCAAUCAACUGGUCCUCAUUGAUUUUGGGUUAAGCUUCACAUCAACCCUUCAUGAAGAUAAAGCUGUUGAUUUAUAUGUACUUGAGCGGGCCUUGCUAUCAAUGCAUUCUUCAUGUGGGAAUGUGAUGGAUCGCAUACUUGCUGCAUAUCGGAAGUCCUCAAAACAGUGGUCAUCCACAUUGAAUAAGCUAGCUCAAGUGCGACAAAGAGGUCGAAAGCGCACAAUGGUUGGCUAAGCCACCUUCAAUAAUGUGUUCUGCAUUAAGGUAGGAGAGAGAUGUUUAUGCAGACAGAUAAUGCUAUGAGAAAGUCUAAAACUGUAUUUUAUUAUUUGCAUGUUUUACACAUUAUUGGAGUAAUUAAAUUCUAAUACACAUGCCUUGGACCUCUAACUUGCAAGUUGUGAUAAAGACUCAAUGUGUUGUCCA